GGUCUUAGUUCAGACAGAGAACUAUCCACGUGUGGCUCAAACAGCAAUAACGCAGUGUAACUCUGACAUGAAUGGCUACUGUUUGCAUGGAGAGUGCAUCUUCCUGGUGGACAUGAAUGAAGAAUACUGCAAGUGUGAGUUGGGCUACGCCGGUGUCCGAUGUGAGCACUUCUACUUAACGGUCCAACAACCCUUGAGCAAAGAGUACGUGGCUCUGACCGUGAUCCUCGCUCUCUUAGUCGUUCUCCUAUGUGCGGGUUCCGUCUACUACUUCUGGAGAUGGUACAGAAAUCAAAAAAGUGAGAAGUCAAGAAAGGAGUAUGAGAGGGUGACCUCGGGGGACCUGGCGUUGCCACAGGUCUGAGCGGUGCCAUCAGGCUCACGGGCUGGGAGGCACAGCCAGCCUGCUUACGUUGAUAUUCCUAUUUUAUUAAUAAUAUUUAUGUUGGGUCAAGUGUUAAGUUGACAUUGUGUGUUUUUAAUAUACUUGGAAACUUCUGUAUUUUUGUUUUAUUUUUGACAGACUGUGUAAUGUACACAAACUAAUAUAGAAAUAAAAUAGGUAUUAUUUUUUUUCUUGAGCUAAAUGCUUUAUUGGAAGCUACAAAGCUUCUUUGCCUACCAAAUAGGUUGCUCAGGAAGUAUCAGCAAAUGACAGAUUUCUGUAAGCUCAACCAUAUGGUCAAAUCAAUUUAAUAAGUACAUUUUCUCUACUCAAAGCAGUGAUAAUUGGUUUGACUACACCAUACUUUGACGUAUAGGUUGGCACCACUGUGCCAUGUACUGAAACAAUGAUAAAAUGAGCAUCGGGGUGAAGCAAACACGGACUGUGUGCUAAACAUUACAAUCAUUUGAAACAAACUGCACUGGGAGAGCUCCGCUGCCCGCAGGCCCGUCCUCAGCGCUAGCUGCUCACCUGCCAGGACGGGAUUCCCUGUCCCGGCCACACUCCUGCGGAUUCGAGCCACCCACUGACAGAUUCUUACGUAAAAUGAACUGAGAACUUAGCUUUAUACCACCUUUAUGCAAAUAGUAGGUAUUUUAUAGCUUCACAGUGUUCCUCCUUUUACAGCAUUUAUGUGAGGUAACUGUUGUUCCUGAGACAAUUAAAAAAAGCCAAAAUUUGUGCUUCUUUGUAAGAGUAUUUAUUUUCUUAAGGACUUUGCUGAAGAAUUCUAAGAUUAACUCAUAGUCCAAAAUUUUAUGGACUAAUCAUUAUUUUAAAGUAUAAGACAAUCAUUCUGUAUAUUGUCUAAAGACAGAAAUAGUUGUUUUCUAUACAAGAGGUUUUUAACUUAAGAAAUUAAGUCAUUAGCUUCUUGUAGAAUUUAAAAUUAUAUGUUUAAUAUUAUAUCCUGAUGCAGGAUGUGGGGGAAAUAAGUCAGGGUGUUUUUUCCCAAAUGAACAAAUUUAUUUGAAAGCUUUAUCAAUUUAGACUUAACCAUUCCUUCCUUCCUAUGGAGGUUGAGAUGAAACCAGGGCCCUGGCUUCCGCCUUUUGUUUAUUUUUUGGAGGAGACAGAAAGGGGCCAUUUUGGUUAAUCUGAAGCAUCUCAGCUCAUAUUGCAUAACUGAAUGCAAGCACCUUGGUGUGUUUUCAGUCUUUAUUUAAGAAUGCUUGUAGAACUAACCCCUAUAAAAGUUAAAUCUUUAUUUAGAAAUGCAUGUUAAAUAAUAAAAAGGUAGGACCCAGAUUGUUUUUUGUGGAUGAAAAGUAAGUAAGAAUAAUUGUCUUAAUGAGGGUAAUGCUGAGCAAAAAUGAAAAGUGAUUGCUAUCAGCUCAUGUUUCCUAUGAGCAAUGGAAAGAUCUGGCUCACAUUUAGUUUGCCUUCCUCAUUUUACAGAUUUCUCGCUAUGUUUCUAGAAGGGACUAUUCAUAGCCAACAUAUCGAGAACAAAUGCAAAUCCAGUGUGUAAAUGAUAAUUGGUGACUUCCUACCAAGACCACACAGUAACUCACUUGACAUACUCUGUAACCGAGGACAUAAAGUUCUAUGAUUGGUACUAAAGGUUUAACCUCAAAAUUGGGAUUUAUGUAAUAUAUUGAGCAUUUAUAGUACAAUAGAACACUACCAUUCUAGACAUAUAUUUUUUUUCUCUCAUCUUUCUGCCAAAUGUCAAAGCAAUGGGAGAAAUGGUGCACUGGUAUGACUACUCUAACUCAGAUUUUUAUUCUUGCAUCCUUGGGAAGAAAGCUAAAGUCAACUGCUGUCAAAUAACAUAUUUUCAUACAACAAACGCAUGAUACUAGUUUCUAAUUUCUAUUGGUUUCGGUAACACAGUUGGUAAAUGCUUAUGUCUGAUCCACUUUGUCAUUUUUGCUGCAAUAUCCAUACUGUAGACUUCAAAAAAAUGCAUUUAUUUUGCUUCCCAAUAUUUUCAGUUUUUUUUCUACUCUUAUUUAUAAGGGAGAAAGGGGAGUAACCACUUGUAUAAACAGUGUUCUAGAGUGCUUUUUAAUAUUUUAACUAAAGAAUAAUUUACCUAAAACAUAUCUGUUAUUCAAGUUGAAACAAUGCUAAAUGUAUUUUUCUCUAUGCCUUUUUUUUUUUUUUUUUGUACUCUGUAAUUGCACUUUUUAAGUUUGAAGAGCCAUUUUGGUAUACAGUUUAUAUUAAAGAUGCUAUGGAACAUAAAGUUGUAUUGCCUGCAGAUUAAAGUAACUUAUUUGAUAAUGAAUUUUAUCCAAGGACUGAAUUGUAUCAAUUUGUUUGUGUUCAAUAUCAGCUUUGAUAAUUGUGUACCUUAAAAUAUUGAAGGAGAAUAUAGACACUUUACAAGAUAUUGUUAAUGUUUAUUUAUUUUUGUUGAGAACUGGAAAAAAAUUGAAAAAUAAAAAUGCAUUAAGCCAUGCAUUAAAACUUCA